AUGGACGAGGCAAACAAGUCUUAUGGGGAAAUAGAAGAGAUUUUAGAUGACGUUGAGCAGAGGUUUAAGCAGAUCAAGAAAUUUGAUUUACUUCCUCAUCCUCCAUAUGAUCACCACUUUUUAACGUACGACAGAAAUUUCAAAAACUUGGUAUCGGGAAGUGCCUUUCACCAAAGGAUCGAAAACGAAUGGCUUUCGUUGGAGAACAAACUUCCAAGUUCCAUUCUUGUUAGGUCUUAUGAGAAGAGGAUUGAUCUUAUGAGAGCAGUCAUAGUUGGUCCACUCGAUACGCCUUAUGCCCAUGGCCUCUUCUUCUUCGACAUACUUUUUCCAAGAAAUUAUCCGAAUUGUCCUCCAAGGAUUCACUACCAUUCUUAUGACCUUGACUUGAAUCCAUACUUGGAUCCGAAGGGCAAGGUUUCCCUUAGCCUGUUGGAAUAUGGGAUCUCGGUGACUAACUGGUACUGCGGUGUACAAGACAAGUGGAAUCCACACAAGUCUGACAUAUUGCAAGUGCUCACAGCUAUUCAAACUUCAGUCUUGAGUGCCAACCUCUUAAAUCCUGGUGGUGGAGAAGGUUUGCGUGAAUCCAACAACUUAGAAUGGCUUAAAUACAAGAAAGCCUUAACCUUGACAAGCAAGGGCAUGCUUUAUAUGCUGAGGGAAUCCCCUUUGAACUUCCAAGAUUUUGUAGAGGGAUACUUUAGGACAAGGGCUCACUACAUUCUGUUGAACUACAGGAAGCAAAUGGAUGGUAGUGACGUCAUGCUUAAACUUUUCCUUGAACUCUACAGGGCAUUUGAACAGAAUGGAACCUAUUGCAAGCAUCAUCUUCCGGGAGUACUUCAAGGAGUGCACCUGCCUGAAGAGGAAAAGACCAACAAGAAAGGGUUUGUUAAGAAUGUUGCAACCAUACUGAAUGACUUCCUAAGCUGA